AUGAAUAUAAUCAGGCCUUUCAACAUCAGUAUCCCCGACUCCCAACUGGAUCUCUUGAACCAGAAACUUCAAUCCGCUAGCUUCCCCGAUGAACUAGACGCAGCAGCCUGGGACCUGGGAGUCCCACUGGACGAGAUCAAACGACUGACCGCAUAUUGGCGCGAUGGCUUCGACUGGCGCGCAAAGGAGAAGGAGUUGAACGAAAAACUGCACCAAUACAUGGUCUCUGUCUCUGUUCCGGGCUUUGCGCAGCUGGAUAUUCAUUGCGUGCACCAGAAGAGUCCUACACCGGGUGCUAUCCCGCUACUCUUCCUACAUGGCUGGCCAGGAAGCUUCCUUGAGGCCGUCAAGCUGAUACCUCUCUUGACGAAAGGCGACGAGAAUCAGCCGGCGUUUGACCUGGUGGUGCCUUCGCUGCCAAACUUUGGCUUCUCGCAGGGCGUGAAACAGAGAGGCUUCGGUCUGGCGCAAUAUGCCCAAGCGAUGCAUUCUCUCAUGCUGAAUCUGGGCUAUGAGGAAUACGUCAUCCAAGGAGGAGACUGGGGUAGCAUCAUCGCCCGCGUCAUGGCAACGCUCUACCCCCAGCACGUCAAAGCCGUCCAUCUCAACUUCGCCCCCGUGGCUCCUCCCUACCCAUGGCGCCACCCGUGGAUAUUUCUGCAAUCAAUCCUCACCCUCCCCUUCUCACCCAAAAGCAGGGCUCUCAUCUCGACCACGCUCGACUAUCUGAACCGGGGAAAUGGUUACAUACGCCAGCAGGAAACUCGCCCCCAGACGCUGGGCUACGGGCUACACGAUAGUCCCGUCGCCCUACUGGCUUGGAUCUACGACAAGUUACACGCGUGGACGGACGACUAUCCCUGGACGGACGACGAGAUUCUCACGUGGGUGAGCGUCUAUCAGUUCUCGGUCGCGGGCCCGGCGGCUUCGGUUCGGAUCUACUACGAAGCUGCGCAGACGCCGCCUGCUGAUGCGCCAGCGUCGACGUUGAAGAGGGUGUCCACCGUCGAUGCAAUCUCCGCGUCCAUCCCCGGGGAGGUCAAGUUGGCCGUGGCUCAUUUCAAACGAGAGUUGAUCAAGUUACCCUCUCUGUGGUGUCGGAGCAUGGGCUCGGUGGUGCGGGAAAGUGAGUUUGAAUGUGGUGGUCAUUUUGCCGCGUGGGAGGUACCGGAGCUGCUCGCUGCUGAUGUGAGAAGCUUUCUGGGGAAGCGUGGCCAGGCGUACGGCGCUGUAACCGGGAAGAAUGGCUACUAA